AUGCCUGCCCUUCCUUCGAGCGAUGGUGUUGAGAUUAUGCUCGGCGACUCACAGAGAGAUCCUGUUCGUGAUAGCCUCACUUUUGGGGAUUCUGAUGACUCAGAAAUCGAUGAAGAAGGCCCUGAUUUUGUUGAUCUGUCACAGGAUAUCGAGGAGCCCGAGUUGCCGCCUCUUCCUGCUCCUUUACCCAGCUUCGAGACCAAUUUUUCUUCCACUUAUCACAGAAUCAUGAAUACAUUACACCCCCAAAGGCACACACAAUAA